AUGCCUCCUCGUAAACGGAAAUCAGCGACUAGGAAGCAGUCGCCGAGCAUCAGUAGUGUUCAUGUCGAGACUGAAGCUACAAGUGCGAUGAAAUUCCAUGAUGUCYAGGACGCGUUGUCACCCUUCACGGGCGAUGGUCAUUGUUCGGUAGUGAAAUGGCUCAAUGACUUCGAAGAAAUGGCGUUGUUGUGCGCUUGGUCAGACCUACACAAGUUUGUUUACUGCAAACGCUUGCUGUUGGGAACGGCACAGGCUUUUGUUARGUCGGAAGAUGGCUUGAACUCAUGGAGUGUGUUACGCGCUCGGCUGCUCAGUGAGUUCCGUAGUCGGCUAACAACAGCARAUGUUCACCGAUUGCUUUMCACCGAUUUUAAGCAGCAAAAUGAAACGUUGUUGCAAUACCUCUAUCGCAUGCGUGAAUUGGCUAUGCAAGGAGGUGUCCCUGAUGACUCGCUGAUGGACUACAUCAUUUGUGGAAUUCCAGAUGCGGUUACCAACAAAAGUAUACUAUAUGGUGCAACGUCCAUCCCUGAAUUUAAAAUAAAGUUGGAGUUGUAUGACAGGAUGUGUGAAAGGCGGAAUGCCGAAUCCAGGAAUGCGCCCCCCGCGCCCGCGCGUAAUGGGCCGGUAGAAAUAAGGUGCUACAAUUGUGGUGAUCGAGGACACCAGUCGCGGGAGUGUCCCGACGCGGGUAAAGGACCCAAAUGCUUUGCUUGUCGCGCGUAUGGGCAUAAAUCGUUUGCUUGUCCAACUAAGUCGGAGAACCAGCAUGCUGGUGCGACUGGCCGCUCGGGUGGACCUGCCAAUGUCUACCAGGUCAACACCUACAACGCUGAUGGUAGAAUUGUAAAACCUGUAUAUAUUCUGGGCCAGGAGGCGUUGGCCCUUGUUGACACCGGAUGUGAUAUACAUCUGUGCCGUGAAUCGUUUUUGAAAAAGUUGAGUGGCAUGCAUAGCAUCCCAAGCCGUACGCAGUUGAAUGGACCAGCCAACACGUGCUUUCAAACCAAUUGUCGUUUCGAAUGUAAGCUAACUGUAGAUGGGGAAAGCUACCAUGYUGAGGUUCACUCUGUGCCCGAUGGCGCCAUAGGGUAUGACGUUAUUCUAGGUCGGCCAUUAUUCCAAACUAACGCUGUGCUUAGAGUAAGUCCUCAGUCUGUGACCAUUACCCAUGUCAAUACCGCCCAGCAGUUAAUGAACAUCAAUACCAAUGUCAACGAAUUGGAUAUAGGCGUGAGAGCCCAGUCAGUCAUGGUGCAGGAAUUGGUCGAUACAUACUGUCCAGUCCAAGGUGUUACAGCGCCAAUGAAAACAGCCAUUGUUCUAUUUGAUGAGACUCCAGUAUUCCAGCGACCUAGGAGGCUGGCACCGCGUGAGARGAUAGCAGUGGAUAAGCAAAUUCAGGAAUGGUUGUCCGAAGGUAUCAUUCGGGCCAGUUGCUCGGAGUAUGCCAGUCCCGUCGUGUUGGUGAAGAAAAAAGAUGACACACUCAGACUCUGUAUUGAUUUCCGCGAGCUAAAUAAAAAAAUUGUGAGGGACCGUUAUCCAUUGCCAUUAAUUGACGACCAGAUUGAAAGGCUACGAGGCGCAGUGAUUUUCUCAACACUAGAUUUGAGAAAUGGAUUUUUCCAUGUUCCAGUAGAUGAAGCUAGCGUCAAGUAUACGUCGUUCGUGGUACCCAACGGUCAGUAUGAGUUCCUACGCACACCAUUUGGAUUAUGUAUAUCAYCACCUGUGUUUCAGAGAUAUGUGAAUUUCAUUUUUCGUGACUUCAUCCGACUUGGUCACUUGUUGGCCUACAUGGACGACCUGAUUAUUGUAGCGGCAAAUGUGGAGGAAGGCAUGGUGCGAUUAAGGGCUGUGUUGCAGGUUGCAGCUGAAAAUGGAUUGGACAUUAAAUGGYCCAAAUGUCAAUUUCUAAAGGACUCAAUAGACUACUUAGGCUAUCGUAUCCGGCACAAUGAAGUGAGUCCAUCAGAGGCAAAGACCAUCGCAGUACAGAAGUUCCCGCUACCAAGAACUGCCAAAGCCGUACAGAGCUUCUUAGGUCUUACCGGGUACUUCCGAAGGUUUAUACCUGGAUAUUCACAAAUUGCGCUGCCACUGAGCAAUCUGCUGAAUCAGGGGGCUGCCGUUUCUAUGCCCCCCCGGAUUUUGUUUUUGCGAUAUCUCCGGGAAUAA